CACUGUCGUUUUUCUUUUGGGUCGAAUUUUUGAGUUUCGAUAUCUCAGCUCUAGAAGGGUCUAAACGGUUCUGUAAGGGAUUCGGUCACUCUAAACCCCUCCUUUCCGAGAGCAUGCUCUGCUCUGAUUGGUCAGAUGGCCAAGUCAAUGUUUGAGGGGCAAAGUAGACGUUGUUCACGGACAUAUAGACUGGCAUUAUGGAAGUAACGAUGAUAUUACUGACGACUUGUUUCAGGCAGUUCAGAAAUGUUUCUUUCCUUUGGGAGCAAUUUGAUCUUUGAAACUUUACAGACCAUUUAAACAGCUAUAUUAUACACUACAUGAAAGGUAAUAUCCGAAAAGCAUAAUAGGGGCACUUUACGAUGAUUUAUUUACAGUUUUGAAGCCACCAAAACAGCCAUGUCUAAACUUUGAACACAACUGAUUUACACCACAAAACCCAUCUUUUGUGUUCCCAUCUCUGUUAGAGAGCUCAUGCGUUUGUAUGCAAUGCUGUGGUCCGGCUCGAUCCUGUUCACUACAAGGCUUUGAUAAGAACGCAGAUUGCGUCUUCUGGUUCGAAAGGCCCCUGAGAGCAGAGAUGUGCUGGCUCGGCUGCUGCCUGAUGGAAAUAAGGGCCUAUACACCAGAGAGAGAGUUUAUUGGGACAGUUCACCAAAGGUGGAGUAUGUUCACGCCGUAUUUCGAGGUGUGUGACUCUGAUGGCAUCUCAGCCGUGAGGAUUCUGGGCUCCUGCUGUAACACACGAUGUCUUUCUGAGCAAGAGCUUCAGGUGGUCUCCACUAUUGGUGAUAGUGUUGGGCGCAUAUGGAAGAGGUGGCCUGGAUAUAGUGAGGAAUGUAACAUGGAUCAUGAGUAUUUUGGACUGGAUGUACCUCAAGGAAUGAAUUUGAACACCAAAGUGCUGUUACUAGCUGCUACCUUCCUGCUGAAUCAUAUGUUUUUUGAGAUGAGCUAAGUGGAAAUGGCAUAAUUAUCUUCUGGGACAUUAAAGACAUCUGCUUCACCUCUAAAAUGGAGAGUGAACCCAUAUAGUAAAACUAUGGUGAACACUUAAAAACAUGGAGCAGUUUACUGAUCCAAUCGCAUCUGAGCUGGAUAGUGUAGUGCACAUCAAGAAUCCCUGUACAGAGCCUCUCUACACCUCUAUAAACAACUAAACACACCAAAAUAGCAUUAAAAUGUUGUCUUUUCUAGCAAGUACAGUACAAGCCCUUUUAAUAUAAUUCUAAUGUACAGUUUGUGAUUUUGCUCUAAAAUCUUUUCAUGAUUUUAAUCAAGUAAACAUGUCUAACUUUUUUUGUAUUGUUAGUAAAUAUUUCAAGAUGAACACUUACUAGCAAAUUAAAAAAAAUGUUAAAUAUGAGUAUCAAAUAUGAUGCAUUUGGCUUUUGGGGAAUGUAUGUUUAUUUGUAUAUCUUUAAAUUACCGUUGUAUUGCAUUACAUGAUAUGUUUCACAAUUAAAACUACUAAUUUUUUACCAUAAAACUAAGCAUUUAAAUAAUACUAAAUAUUUUAGAUAUAUUGUUGAGAUAUACAGUCUGACAACUAUAUUGUAAGCAUACUGUUAUAUUGUUAUAAAGAUUUCAUUAAUUUACCAGCUAAAUUAAUUGGCCAUAUAAAUUACAGCAAUUGUAACAAAUUGCAUAUGUUGGCUUGGUUUGGGCCUCUGAAUAAAUUUGAGUUGUUGUUUUUUUU